AUGAGAGAUAACAUCAAUAAAGUUGCGGAACGUGGAGAAAGAUUGGACUCGAUCGAGAAUAAAACCGACAACUUGGCCAUAAGUGCUCAAGGAUUCAGAAGAGGAGCUAAUCGUGUAAGAAAAGAUAUGUGGUGGAAGGAUAUGAAGAUGAGAAUGUGUCUUAUUUUGGUGGUGAUCAUUUUGUUAAUUGUUAUUAUUGUGCCAAUUGCUGUGCACUUUUCUUGA